AUGCUCCUUAUUCCCUAUGGUGACAAAUCCCAAAACAUACCUCCACCUGAGUUUGGAAAUGGAGAUGCUAAGCUACCAGACCCCAAUAAAUAUACCAACCUUGAUCCACAGGGUGUGGAAGUUUCACUUCUAGAUGAAAGCUGCCACACUAUAACGGAGCUGCUACUCAGUACUAUCAGCUCUAAACAGACCAUGGCACUUUUCCUGGUUCUUUUCCUCUUGGGAGGAAUAGCCGGCAGUUUCUGUGAAGCAAUGUCUGGUGAUAUCAUUGGCACUGCUAAAGGCAUCUUUUUCUUCCUCGGUGGAGAUAACCCUAACGAUGUCGUGAAAGGCUUGGCAGUAAGGACUGGAUCAGCGGGCCUCAUGAAAUCGAUAGAGAUAAAAAUAAAUAAUCAAUGGAGUACCAAACGUGGAGCCCCAGGAGGCAAUCGUGAAGAAAUGACACUCUGGGAAGAUGAAAAAAUAAAAAGCAUAAGGGUUUGUUUCCGGUUAUGCCUCCUCUGUCUCGAGAUUGAAACCAGCAAGGGUAGGAAGUUUAUAUUUGGGAAGAUCACCGGCACUCAGAGAUUUGCCUACCCCCCUAAAGAAGGGAUGACGGUCAGUGCCGUAUAUGGUCAGUAUAAUGGUUUAUGUAUGACCGGCAUAGGACUUCUUUGGAAGUACUCGCCUACUGCCCCUCCAAGCAUACUUACUAAACCUCCAAGCACGCCUACUGAACCUCCAAGCACAACCCCCACAGAGGAUGCCGGAUGUUAUGCAGCUGAGUUAUCUACUGAAGAAACCUCAAGUCCGAAUGCUACUUCUCCAUCUGGUUAA